AGGUCACUGCCCAUGCUGUCGUAAACUGAGAACAAACUUACGGCAGUUUCACCUAAUGGGAAAUGCAAGAUGGCUACAUCGUUGAUAUGCCGAGAAACACAGAGCAGGGUGAGUUCCACACUUAACAGAGAUGCUAAGCAGUUUGGAAAGAAGUAUAUGUUUGACUCCAACGAAGAAACGUGCUGGAACUCCGACCAGGGGGAGAACCAGUGGGUUGCUCUAGAGUUUCCAAAGAAUGUCAAGAUGUCAGAAUUGAAGGUCCAAUUCCAGGGAGGAUUUUCCGGGAGAACGUGUCGACUAGAAGGAUGCGUGAGUGGUGGUGAGUUUACAGCACUCAGCCAGUUUUACCCUGAAGACAACAAUUCCCUUCAGAGCUUUCCCAUACAGGAAGUUCCUGCAGUCAGCCGGCUAAAAAUAGUAUUUGAGGACAGCAGUGACUUUUUUGGGAGAAUCAUCGUUUAUUCUUUGGAGAUCCUCGGGGAGCGAGCUUCAUGACAUGUGUUAUUUUAUCCCUGAGGAAGUGGAAGAGGUUCAGACUUCUGACCGUCCGAUGACACCAACAGACAUCUGGCCCACAUGAACCGAUUCCACUGGAUAUAGUCUGGAGGAAGGUGGCUCUUCCCACUCUUCUGUGUCCAACCAGUGGAAAUGUGAGGGGCUUUGCAGUGACAUUGAAGUGACAGUGACAUUUUGUGUUUACACCUUGUUUAAUGAUUUCAUUUUUCAUCAAUAUCUGUGCCAUUCAGUUUUCAUUUUUUGAAGAAGAAAUACAUUACAAACCAACGCUUUUGCUUUCGAGUUUUAUAAAAAAUAUAUCACAUGUAAUAAGAAAUUAAAAAAAAAACUAGAAAACCAUACGGAUACAAUUCAAGCUUAUUGGAGUGAUUUGAUACCACAUAACUUCGCACCGCACAGCAGUCCUGAUAAGUCCACACAACUCGCCAAUGCCAUCUUGGUCCCACUUUAAUUUAAGUGCAGCACGUCCAUACCACUCCUUUAUUCGCACAAAUCUUUCCUUCGUGCCAACGACAAGAAUCUUUCCUUCAUUUCGUCAUCUGGACUGUAAAGUUGUAGAACGUGUUCCUCCAACACUUUCUGGACUGUAGGGUCAAACCCAAAUCGAGACCACUUAGUGCUCAGUUCAGUGGAGCGGCAGCAAUAUGUCGAGAUCUACAAUUACAGUGAAAUAACACUGCAAUAUUACCAGAUAUAUAUAGAGGUAUACUCACUCUUUUUAUGUCCUAGGGCGACCGCCAAGGCUGUUGGACUGUACCCUGAGUCGGAUUCAAUGGUCAGGUCUGCACCUCUGUCUGACAGGUGUUAGGCAUUAAGGGUUCACAGUUACUGUAUUCGGACAAGUGUGAUCCAUAUUCAUAGCAUUUAGAAUAUCAACAAACUGCUGGUUUUACCUAAGAGUUCCUGAACACACUGGAUAUGGUUCCCUCUCACCGCGUAAAGAAUGGGGGUUCCACCGUUCUGGAAAACCAAACAGUUAAAAAUAAGUGAAAAUAUCGGAAAACCAUGAUGAAUUAAAGUUAUACAUAUACUCGUCAUUACAAUUGUGUAUGUAUGUAGGGUCUGUGAUUGCUGUGCUAAGUCUUUCUAAACACGCUGUGUGUGGCAUUCACAUCAUACUUUCAUGAUACAUUAUUGAUCACGUACCCAGUCGUACGUGUUAAUGUCCACCCCAAGGGC